AUAAUUGUUCUGGCGGUAAUUCGAAUUACUGUAAUGAUUUCUAUGGCCUCCAUUGUAAUUGGGAUUGUAAUUUGAUCUGUUCUGAUAAUAUCUCUGUCUAUUAUCAUAAUUUCUCGCAUUGUAGUUAUUUCGUGGAUUGUAAUUAUUGUUUCUUCUAUAGUUUCUAUUAAAGUUUCCCUGAUUCUCAGGACAGUUACGUGCUAUAUGACCUGGACGCCUACAACAAUAACAGGUAAUAACAUCAGGUUUAUUUUUAUUAAUUGUUAAAGCAUCUACUUUUUCGGCGAGAUCUGCACUGGAAAUAUUCGCACGUUUUCUAUCACCCAGCAAAAGCUCAAAGUGCAGAGCCAAUUCAUAAGCCGAAACAUACUCCGUAGGCCUUUGUGCUUUAACCUGAAAUUGUAGCUCUGGCGUUAUACGGUCCAGGAAUUCCUCUAAAAGCCUCUUUUUAAUGGUUUGCUCAUUUUCUCCGCUUAAAGCAGCUCUAACUGCUUCAUUCAGUCUAUUCGAAAAAUCAAAGACAGGUUCACCUGGCGCUUGCUUACAAAUAGACAAGGCCUGUCUUGCUAUAAUUUUGGUAUUCCCAUUUUCAAAGCGAGUUUUCAAAAAUUGAAUCGCUUCUUCCAACGUAUUUGGAGCGGGAUCUAUCGAAUCAUAUAAAGUCCUUGCCUG